ACAUCAAACCGCAUCAAUUCCUCUAGAGUCAUUUCAAACACAAUCCUCAUCUCUGUUUUUGCUUUGAACUGGUUAAACACGUACUUCACUUAUCGACCCACAAUUUGCAUUGCCAUAUAUACUAAGCCUUCCAAUCAUUAUAUUUUUGCGUUGUUUGAUACAUUGUCUGAUUGUCAUAUUGGACUGUACGGGAAGACAGCAAGGUAGCGAUGGAGGCAGUGACAAAGAUGGUGUCCGAAAGACCCGUAGUGAUCUUCAGCAAGAGCUCAUGCUGCAUGUGCCACUCAAUCAAGACCUUGCUUUGUGACUUUGGGGUGAACCCAGCAGUUCAUGAGCUUGAUGAGAUGCAAGGAGGGAGAGAGAUAGAGCAAGCUCUGUCAAGGCUUGGAUGCAACCCAUCCGUGCCGGCUGUGUUCAUUGGCGGUGAACUCGUGGGUGGAGCCAAUGAGAUCAUGAGUCUUCAUCUUAAGCGCUCCUUGAUCCCCAUGCUUAAGCACGUCGGCGCGUUAUGGGUUUGACCAAUCUAAUGGUCAAAUUCAUCAAUCACGUGUCCUUCCAUGAGAUGCAAAGACCUAUUGAGAAUCUUAGUUAUGCAUGCAUAAGAGGUAGAUAUCAGGGCAAAUAAUAUUAUCUUCUAUGGUCUGAUUAAGAGUUUUAUGGUAAGGCUAUACAUCUUCAUAUCUUUUCUUGUAAUGCUAUCAUUGCUAUGUUUUGGUAAUAAAAGCAUGCUUCUAAUGUGACU